CACUAUGACCAUGUGGGCAGGAAGGAUAAUACCAAAGAUCCUCCACUCCGCUUUAACCCUCUCUGAUAGCACUAAAGGUAGUAGGCUACCAACACUAGGGUAGUUCCCAAACGGAGGCUGUCGUACGAACUCAGUGAUGGUUCAGCGUGCCUUUCAAAAUAUCCUCGUCUUCCUUUGGUACAUUACCAAUCAUCAAGGCAUGGCUCGUGGACACCAGAAGAUUCAGUCCCAGCAGAAGAACGCCAAGAAAGCUGCAGAGAAGAAAAAAGGACAGGGAGCAGAUCAGAAGACCGCAGCCAAAGCGGCAUUAAUUCACACAUGUCCAGUAUGCAGGACCCAGAUGCCAGAUCCUAAAACAUUUAAACAACAUUUUGAGAGUAAACACCCCAAAUCCCCAAUGCCUGCUGAGCUUGAGGAUGUGCAAGCUUAGGAACACAAGUUUGUGAAUUCGGCCCAUUAUAUGGAACGGAGUCAAGACAGAAAUGCUAAUGAAGAGAAGAAUGACGCUUCAGAAUUUGGGGGAGAUAUACCAGAGCCCCAAAAAUGACUGAAGCUCACCAGCACUCAACUGCAGUGCUCCAAACCAUGCCAUGGUGAUACAUUUGGGAUCACUAGUCUGCUACUGUUAGUGGAUUUUAUGUUUUGCCCACUCACUUGCAUUCCACUCCUGACAGUAGACAAUACUUUUGAGCCUUCUCCCUGUGAUCUAAGUCAACCGAUUUUUUGUUAUUAUUCUUUUAUGUAGAUUUUUUUUGGACCCUUUGAGUUUGUUUUUGUGGUUGACUUCAGAUUAAACAGACCAAGCAAGAUUCAAAACUAUGUUGAUAUAGGUAACAUGGAUUUUUAAAUUAUUAUUAUUGCAAUGUAACAGUAUGGUUGUGUAUUCAUUUCAUCUGGUUGCCAAUAAAAUGUCAAGGUUUUUUUCUUAA